AUAACCUCACUGCCUGCGUAGAUAAGAAACGCCAUUGCUGUAAACAACCGGGAUAAAAUAGCGGACUGAUGACACAUUGAUGAUUUAAGAUAGGAAUUAAUAAUCACUGCUUCCACAACCAUGGCGUGGACCAAGUACCAAUUAUCCUUGGCCUUGGUAAUGGUAGUAACGGGUACUAUCAACACCAUUAGUACCAAAUGGGCGGAUAAACUUCCAUCAAAAAGCAGGGACGGUAUUGUAAGGAACUUUGACCAUCCCUUCUUUCAGGCUUCCUGCAUGUUUCUGGGGGAAUGUUUAUGUUUUGUCGCCUUUAAAGUUUUAUACAAAGUUCUUAGUCGACGUUGUAAUGGGUCGGAAGACGUACACGAACUUACGAAAGGGAAUCGAGAUUUUAACCAAUUCAAAUUGUUCAUCCCGGCGAUGUGCGACAUGACCUCGACGUCUCUAAUGUACAUCGGUUUAAAUCUGACGUACGCCUCCAGUUUUCAGAUGUUUCGGGGGGCGGUCAUCGUCUUCGUCGGCAUUCUAAGCGUCGGGUUUUUGGAUAGAGUGCUGAGGCGACGCGAAUGGACCGGCAUAUUCAUGGUCAUCGUCGGGCUUACGAUCGUCGGUCUCGCCGAUUUUCUCAACAAGGACCCGAAUACCGACAGUCACGGAAAGAACGACAUUAUCACGGGCGAUCUCCUGAUCGUUAUCGCUCAGAUUAUUACCGCCACGCAGAUGGUGAUCGAGGAGAAGUACGUGACCGGAUUGGAUAUACCGCCGUUGCAGGCGGUCGGUUGGGAGGGCAUUUUCGGUUUCGUCGUGUUGGCGUGCUUGCAAGUGCCGUUUUAUUUUAUUAAGGUGGGACCGCCGUUCAGCGGCAACUAUCGUGGUGUACUCGAGGACGCGAUUGAUGCCUUUGUACAAAUGGGCAACAAUUAUCUUUUAAUUUUUGCGAUAUUGGGCACGAUCCUGUCAAUUGCCUUCUUUAAUUUUGCUGGAAUUAGUGUAACAAAAGAGUUGUCAGCGACUACCCGAAUGGUAAUUGACAGUGUGAGAACGUUCUUUAUAUGGAUGUUAAGUCUCGGCUUCACGUGGCAGACAUUCCAUUGGUUGCAGCUGUUGGGAUUUGCAUUUUUAUUAUUCGGAAUGUGUUUGUACAACGGUAUUACGUGCACGCCUUGUAUCAUUUAUGUACGGAAUGCGGUAUCAAAUUUGAGAUAUAGACACCUCAAUGACGAUGUAGUUGAAAAUAGAGCAGCAGAUGAGGCAUAUGAUAGAAGUGCAUAAGUAUUUUUAAUUGAGAACUGUGGUAUUUACUGAACUGAUAUAUCAAAAUCUAACUGCGAUCUGAUUUAGUGAUUAUGGUGAUAGUGGAAUCAUAAUCUAUUAUUAUUAAUUAAAUAAAUGAUUUUUAUUA